GACGAAUAUCGUCGAGAAUAUAACGACAGAAAAUACCUAACUAAAAGUUGGGUCGUCUCGAAACCCACAGCGAUCGGGAGUUAUAAUUAAUUCCAGAGGGUAUUUUGCGAUUUUGAAAGAGGGGGCAGCACAAAGUAAAAUCAAUAUUCAGCCGGGCCCCCCUUAGUGUACACAUUCAAAGGGCGCGGUAAGUGUCGUGUGCCGAGUAAGCUUUAUAGUUUCUCUACAUUACCGACAAAAACAGUGUAAAUAAUUAAGAAAAUGAAAUGUGUUUAAUGUGAUUUUAAUUUUAAAAUAACAGUGUGGUGUAUAGUUAAUUCGGUAACCUUACGAACAACGAUGAAGUUGCAGAAAAGCGUGCGUCUUUAUACUGAUAAACAUUUCGAGAACAUAGGCAACAUCUUCACAAAUCUUUAUGAAGACAGUUUAUUGACAGAUUGCAUUUUGUAUUGCAAAGAUGGAUCUUUGAAGGCACAUAAAGUUAUUUUAGCAGCAAGUAGCCGGUACUUUAGGCAAGUUUUCAUUGAACAUAACGACGACAAUGCUAUUUUUAUGUAUGGCAUCUCGUACAGUCAGCUCAAAAAGUUGAUCGAGUUAAUUUAUCGUGGUAGUAUUGACAUUCCUAAUGACUGUUUUGAUUCCGUUUAUGGAUUAUGUGAGGAAUUAAAAAUUACAGGUGUUAAUAUAGAAUCUACUGAAACAAGAACAAAUGGCGCUGGAAGGGAUACAAGAUAUAGAGGUCAAAAACGGGUUGCCGUGGAUUAUGAACACAAUAAGGACAAUACUUUUGUUUCUUCAACACCGUUAAAGAGUACGGCUGAAAGAAGGAGUAGUUCCAGUUCAGAAAAGUCACUGUCACUCAAAGAAUCAGAAAUCGAAAUAGAGUGUGAGAAUACUCCGGGCCAAUCCGAUCCUAAACCCGAUAUCGAAAACUCGAAAGAAGAGUCAAAUUAUACCGAUCAAGAUGGUUUGGACGAUCAGGAACACACAAGCGCUUGGGCGCGAAAAGAGAGGAAAUUUAAAUGCGAUAUAUGUCCCAGUAGUUUUAAGAGAGCUUCACAUUUAAACAGGCAUCAACUGGUACAUACCGGGGAAAGACCGUUCGCUUGUGAUCAGUGCGACAAGGCAUUUUCGAGACAUGACAAACUCAAACAUCAUAUACAUAAAACUCAUGAAUUGGGGGCGCUUAACGAAGCUCUAGGACCAGAUUCUCUUUACACCAUAGAUCGAGUGGAUAUUUUAACACCGGAAACAAAUAUUGUGGAACCACAAAAAUUCGUAACCCCCGAGCCAGUAAUUCCAACUAUUUCUUCAGUAUCAUCGGUGGAAUUGCCCGAACAGCCGCAGAAAAAGAGAGGAAGGCCUCGAAAAUAUCCGCCAUCUGCCAAGCCACUCGUUAAAAGACCAAGAGGGAGACCAAGAAUCAAACCUGAUGUUGCUCCUCACUUAAACAAAAGGCCUCGAGGUAGACCGCGUGUCAAGCGUAUUGGUGGUUCAUUGGAUAGAGGAACAUAUCAGUAUCUCAGCAGCGAUUUCGACAGCAUCGGUUACCUUCCAAAAUCCCAUCCGACUCCCAGUGAACUAGAAUCCAGCCAAGAGAUGAUGUCAGAUUUAGCGAAUAACGUAGAUAUGAUGACCCACGAACAAGGAAUUAUGGAACCGUUGGUAGAGAUCAAAACUGAUAACACAGAUACAGAAAUUUGUGCUAAACAAGAGAAAAUCCAACCACAAACUUCGACGAAUUCUUUUUUCGAAAAUAUCGGUUUAUUUGAAAAUACGACGACGAUAGCCAAAAUAGGAGAAUGUACCAUUUCGGUAGCUACAAGUUGUCCGAACAUCAGUGCAGUUAAUACAGGGGGCAAUACAAAUAACUAAUGUUAAUAUUAGUUUAGCUGGUUGAGGUAGUUUUGAUUCCAGCAGGUUUUCAUUCUUCUAAAAUUACCGAACAGUUUAUUUUAUCAUAUUAACUUAGCAGUUGAAGUAUUUUUGGAUAACCUUGUGUUUUAUAUUUAAUAUUGAUGGGGGGGAAAAGGUGAUUUCGGUUUUUUCUCACUAUUAGUCAUUCUUAUGUAAGUCUAUGCGGAAAUGUACAUGCUCCAGACUUCUUUUGAAACCAGUUUCACACUAUUAAGGUAUUGUUUGGAAAACUGGAAUAAAUUAUAGUUUCUUAGAGCAGCAAACUUGCUGUUUCCAUUAAAUCGGUUUCGAAACGAAAAAAGUUCUAUUACGAAUUUACAAUUUAGGAUUUUCUGGUAAAUUCAGCCUCCGGAUAAUCUCUUCGUCGAUAUACGGUUCUUUUUCCCUCCUGGUUCAACAUAAAAAACAGAUUUAAAAAUUAUAAUCGAGAUACAAAUCUGAGAUAUCAUUAAUAUAAUAUUUGACUAAAAAAAAAUAGUUUUUCAGCAUUUUCAAAUCCCAGUUGGUUGAUUAAUUAGCUGUUUAUAAUUCCAAAGGUGGAAAACACCAUUUCCACAUCAACUUAAAAAGCUAGAGCUACGAACUGGAAAAAUUUUUGACUGUUCCUCUGUACUAAUACAUCACUCUAGUAGUUUUCACUAUUUCUUCAACAAACAUCACACUUACAAAUGGUUUCCACUUUCAUUUAAACUAUCACUGUUUCAGGUUAGCUUUGAUAUUAUUAUUUAAAUAAAACACGAUUAGUUUUGAGAACACGUUUUACUUCGAUCUUCUAUAUGUUCUAACCUAACUAUCUAAGGCUCCCGCUUCCCAACUGUCACUUGCCAGAUGACCAUAGAACAUUCAAGCUAGUACAUGGCACUGUGAAGUGUCAUAUACGUAACAAUCACUGUUGGCAAAACUGAAGCAGCAUAGUGAUUUUGUACUUUCUCUAAAACACUUUCUUCUUCUUCUUCAUCUGCUGUUUGAAUUGGAACUAAUAAAAAGCCAAAAAAAUAACUAGGGAACAUUGACACUUCAACAUUUGGCUCAUAUUGAAAUCAAUUUCUUGAAAUUUAGCCCCAAGUCUUUACACUGUAGACAAAUUUAUAUUAUAUCUUUGUAAAGUAUCCAGAUAUUGGUCUCAAAAUUCAUUAAUCUCUUCACUUUCUGCUCGACCCUUCGUUUUUUAAUUCUUCCACCUAUGUUUUCCAUAUCGACGUUCAUAUUAACCUUAUUGUUCUCUCAAGAGCCUCCUCGAGCUCCAUCUCAUAGUGUUUAUACGAAGGCCGCUUUUUUUUAACAUUCAAGCGCCAGUCGGCGUUGUGCUGCAACAAGUCCCGCCAAGUGUGAUUCGUUUUCUACAUGCUGAGAGCCAGAGUGCUGCAGAAAUCCAUCGGAGAAUGAGUCUUGUGUAUGGGGAAAACUUCAUGAGUGAUGGUGUGCAUGAUGAAGGGAUCCAAGGACGCAAAUCUAUCGUUUCAGACGAUCGGGUCGUACUCGAUGCAUGCCAAGCUAUGAACCUCGUAUCUGUUUACCUACCGCUUUAAAUACAAAAAUCCUAUCGUGUCUUAGGGACACUUGGGACGCUUAACUAUGACGUUGGUUCCCAUUAAAAGCGAUUAGUGAACAAUAAAUAUUAACGAUUACAAUAGUAAUUAGAGGUUAGGUAGGUAGAUUUAUGAUUCUUAACAGACACAUCAAUAUAAGACAAAAGUUAGGUUAGGGAAAAGAGUAGUAUCUCUGUCUAGGUUACAUUCGUGCUAUGUUGCCAGAUGUCAGAACAGACCAGUGUAGUUCGAUAGAGCAAUUUUUGAAUGAAUGACUUAUUACUUUGUCCUCUACACUGUAAUCUACCAAAUUUUUAAUAUACUGGUUUUAUUAAUUCGGAAUUAUUAGAAAAAAACCGAAAUAAUUUUUUACCCUUUCUAUUAUUUUCAAUUGCGAAACUUUAUAUUCAUUUUCUGAUGAAAUAUACUUGAACUGUUACGUUUCUACUAUUAUAUAGAAGAUUUUUGCUACUUCUGUGUUCCUCUUUUCAAAUAAAUAACCAAUAAUAAGUUCUUACAUUGAAAAAUGUAUUCAACAAUUUUCUAAUGAGUUUUUAUAUUAUUUAUUGAUAUUAGUUUCACUGUUCACUAAAUAUACAAAAUAUUUUUUACAAUAUUUAGAGUUUUUUUUUUAAUUUUCAAUAACCAAACGUUGUCUCAAGAUCUUUUUGUAAUCAUAACUAUUAACUUUUUGAUUAAAAUCGUUUAAUAUUAAUAUUUUAUGUUAUGUAAAGUUGUUUAAAUUAAAUUUAGUUUAAAAAA